CUUAAGCAAACGAGCUCUGUUUGAAGCCGUGUCCUACAGUGUCCGCCUGCUGGCAAGUGUUUCCGGGUGACCAGUUGGCCCUUGGCUCAGACAUUCGGGGUUAUUAGUUCGUCCAGAGUCACCGUGGCAGGAGGUUGGCAGUCAGUCGAGAGCAGCUGCAAAAUUUAUUGACAUUGGCCGGUUGGAGCAAAGUUUUUCUAUUACAAGUGCACACGGAUCGAAGAACAACCCAAAAACAAAACAAAAAACCCUGUACUUCGAACAUCGAAAACCAUCACCACCACCACCAAUAGCCGAACACGAUUCAUUUGAUUAGGUUCAGUUCGGUUAGUUUGGCUUAAUCUUGCCGGGCUGUGGAUGUGCAUAAUGUACGUGCCAGACGGUGUUGGCAGUGCGAAUUAAUCUGUGACUGUUCGCCGUGUGAAGUUGUCUGCCUGCGGUUAAGUACACACUCUGCUCAAGUAGUGUGUCCGGAGUGGAAGGAAGGAAGACACACAGUGAAAAUCACUCUCCGGGGAGUUCGUCGGGACGCUGGACGCGAGGAAAAAACAAGGACCCCCAAACAAUGAGAAACACAAUGGUAAAACUAUUCAGUCUCCUUCUCACUGGCGGUGUCCUGCUGGGCGUCACGCUGGCAAACGAAACUAAUAAGCUUCAGUCCCAGCCUGCCGUUCAAUCGGAGCAAUUGCUGAGAAACAAACGUGGUCUGCUAUCCGCACUUUUUGGCGCUGGAACGGAGCAGACCACGGUACAGCCAGCGGAAGUGCUGCCGAUCUAUGGCGAUCCAGCAAAGCCUCCGCUCCAUAUGCUGUACGGACAUUCAACGGGGCUGCAUGGUGGACCUGCUUACCCACCUUAUCCGGUGAUGUUCCUGCCAGGGCCUCCAGCGGCCGUCGGUGAGCAAAAUCCGUACCUUUCUAUGCUGGCCUACGGUGGUGUUGCUUCUGCCCCACUGCAACCUGUAACCGGAGACACUAAUCAUCUUGCAACGCUCGUUGGUUGGCCCGAACCGACAGCAUUUCCACCACUGGCACCUUCCACGGAAGCUCCGAUUAUCGCUGCCCCAGUAACAGAGGAUCCAAAGCAGCAGCAAACCACACCAGUCGAUCAAAGUUUGGCCAAGUCAGCCUAUCUGAUGAAAUUGAACCUAUCACCGGCGGACGAGCGCGAAUUGAAGCGAUUAGCCAAGUUGCUCGGAGUGACCGAUUUCGAGCAUCUGCCACCGUUCGAAGAUGUCAAAGCGCUCCUUGGCACAUCCACGUCAGCCGAAACCAUCAAAGCAAUCAAAGAGUACGCCUCCACGCCGGACGGGCUGGAACUUAUCAAGGACUAUGUGAUGAGCUACCAGCCAGCCAAACGCAUCAGUCUCGGCAAGGAACCGUACGAGGGAAACGAGGUCGCACCGGAAGCAUCGGAUUCUGCCAAGCCAACUGACGGCGCGGGCUCGUCACUGGGAAGCGGGUUUUUAGCUCAACUGCGCCGACUGAAAUCGUUGCUUACAUUUGGCUACUUUGAUAGUAACAAUGAAACGCCAGCAGAGGCGCCGGUAGAAGACGUUACGCCUGAAGUUCUCAGCGAGGCACCCUUUACACCGAACGAGUAUCCUGGCUUCGAGGUACGCGAUGUGCGUGGAUCCGCUGCACCUGUUCCCGUUGCGCAUUACUUGAUACCGGUGCGUACAUUGCCCCGGCACUCUUCUCCCACCGAGUUGAAAUAUGCAUCGGCACUACCGUUCCCUUACGCCGUCCAUUACCCAUCAGUUGUGCCACAACUUCAGGACUCGAACCCAUUCGCCAUGCGUACAGAGGUGGAAAGCUUUCAGUACGUUCCCGAAGCGACCAAUCCUCAGCUGUUGGUAAGCCAGCCCAGUGCAGCGAGCGUUACCGUGCCGACCGAUGCUUCGCUUCCCAAACGUGUCGCACCGCCAACACUGGCCACCGGAGAGGUGCAUUCCUUUGAACGGGCGGAUAUUGAACAACCGGUCCGUACCACCACACCAGCCGAAGGGCAACAGCAGCCUGAGCAAACUUUGAACACUGUUACUAACACCGUUGUAGAGCCAAAUGUAACACCGACCCUGAACAAUGUCGAUGAGCUGGCGCAAGAUACAACUGAUUUCAUCCUGAACGUCCUGGAUACCGAGCAUUCCACGUAACACGAUUUCGGGGGUUGCGAGUGUCAACGAUUGAUGCGUGUUUGCAGUUGGGAGAUUUAUCGCAUACUUGUCACACUAUUUAAAAGUCUGAAAAGGUACCGUAGCUACAUUAUUGCAUCUGUAUAAACGAACUCAUGAACAUGGACUCUCUGUUAGGAGGUGUGUCAAUUCUUCAAUCGAAUUAUUGAUACCGUCCCACCAUUAAUUAAUCGUGCACUGUAUGAUUUUAAAUUAAUAAUAAUUCUUUGGUGGCAAAUCUGUACGGCAUGGAUUAUAUACUUAUUAAAACAAUUAUUUAACU